AUGGCCCCGGCCGCAAUGCAGAUUCCGGAGCAAGAUGUAGCUCGCGAGUCCAGGGCUGCUCUUCGGACGCUGACGGAGGGGUAUGAUGACACCCUUCAAUUCUACUUGAACGGCACAAAAAUCAUAUUGGACUCCGUGGAUCCGGAGGCGACACUGCUGGAAUACCUCCGCGGAAUAGGCUUGACUGGAACCAAGCUGGGUUGUGCCGAAGGUGGAUGCGGAGCUUGCACAGUGGUUGUUUCGUAUCUGAACCCAACGACGAAGAAAAUAUAUCAUGCCUCCGUGAAUGCGUGUUUGGCACCGUUGGUUAGUGUGGAUGGUAAGCAUGUUAUUACUGUUGAGGGAAUAGGUGACGUGAACAAUCCCCAUCCGGUUCAGCAAAGAAUCGCGGUCGGGAAUGGUAGCCAAUGUGGUUUUUGCACGCCUGGGAUUGUCAUGAGCCUAUAUGCCCUCCUUCGCAACAAUCCCGAACCGUCAGAACAUGACGUGGAAGAAGCCUUCGAUGGAAAUCUUUGCCGAUGCACAGGGUAUCGGUCGAUUCUGGAUGCUGCCCAGUCUUUUUCCGCCACUGGCGGCUGUAAACUGCGCGGGAGCGGUCGCUGCUGUUUAGAUAAUGGACCUGGGGGAUGUAAAGAGAAUACUGCCAAGGGCAACCCCGAAUCUGAAGUGAAGAAGUUCUUUCAAGCCCCUGAAUUCAUACCUUACUCUCCAGACACACAGUUAAUCUUCCCGCCUGGUCUCCGUAAACACCAUCUGCGCCCACUCGCUUUUGGAAAUAAAAAGAAACGCUGGUAUAGGCCUACAACACUGAAACAGCUUCUUGAAAUUAAAGACGUUUCCCCACAAGCUAAAAUCAUUGGAGGGAGCUCUGAGACGCAGAUUGAGAUUAAAUUCAAGGCCAUGCAAUAUGUCGAUUCUGUGUACGUGGGCGACAUACCGGAGCUGAAGCAGUACACUUUCAACAGCGAGAACCUUGAGCUAGGAGGAAACGUUUCUCUGACAGACCUUGAGGAAAUUUGCGAUGAAGCUGUGGAACGUUUUGGACCUAUCAAGGGACAACCAUUUAUUGCCAUUAAGAAGCAAAUCCGUUACUUUGCUGGACGACAGAUAAGGAAUGUUGCGUCGCCUGCCGGUAACAUUGCUACCGCUUCUCCAAUUUCGGAUUUAAACCCGGUUUUUGUUGCCACGAGAACCACACUAAUCAUGCAAUCCUUAAUCACUAAACGUGAAAUCCCCAUGGGAGAGUUUUUCAAAGGCUAUAGAUCUACAGCAUUAGAACCAAAUGCUGUUGUAACAGGCCUUCGGAUUCCUGCAUGUCAGGAGAGGGGCGAAUAUCUCCGGGCCUACAAGCAAGCUAAGAGAAAAGAUGAUGAUAUCGCUAUAGUUAACGCUGCACUGAGAGUAACCUUAGAUGACUCGGAGGUGGUAACAAGUGUUAAUCUUGUUUAUGGAGGAAUGGCAGCUCUUACUAUAUCAGCGCGAAACGCUGAAGCCUUUCUAAUCGGGAAAACCUGGGGACACUCUGCGACACUCGAAGGUGUAAUGGAUGCUCUGGAAAAAGACUUCAAUCUUUCUUCAUCUGUUCCGGGAGGGAUGCCAACAUAUCGAAAAACUCUUGCCCUUGGAUUUUUCUACCGGUUUUACCACGAUGUUCUAUCAAAUAUUCAGGGAAACAAGGCCUUUUGCGAUAUUGACGCUGUGCCAGAAAUAGAAAGAUUUAUCUCUGGAGGCCAAAAGGAUCACAGUGCAGCCGUUGGCUAUCAACAGACCAUUCUAGGGAAGGAGACUCCACAUGUAUCUGCCCUGAAACAUACGACUGGAAUUGCACAGUAUACGGACGAUAUUCCUAAGCAGCAAAACGAGUUGUUUGGCUGCCUUGUAUUUUCGACAAAAGCUCAUGCAAAAAUUUUAAACGUUGACCUGGAGUCAGCUUUAAAUAUUCCUGGAGUAGUCGAUUUUGUGAGUCACAAAGAUUUACCGAAUCCAGAGGCAAACUGGUGGGGAGAACCGCGUGCCGACGAAGUAUUCUUUGCCGUUGAUGAAGUUUUCACAGCUGGCCAACCGAUUGGUAUGAUUCUUGCCAUUUCUUCAAGACUUGCUGAAGCUGGAUCCAGAGCUGUUAAAGUCGAGUACGAGGAAUUACCUUCGAUUUUGAGCAUUGAGCAAGCAGUAGAGAACAAUUCAUACUUCGACCAUCACAAGCCAUACAUAAAACAAGGAGAUCCCGAAACUGCGUUUCAAAAGGCAGAUCAUAUAUUUCAUGGAUCGUCUAGGAUGGGCGGGCAAGAGCACUUUUACCUAGAAACGCAGGCUUGCGUUGUAAUCCCAAAACCAGAAGACGGGGAAAUAGAGGUCUGGAGUAGUAGUCAAAAUCCGACAGAAACCCAAACGUAUGUUGCGAAGGUAACUGGUGUUGCGGCAAAUAAGGUUGUUUCCAGAGUCAAACGCCUUGGUGGCGGGUUUGGGGGUAAAGAGACGCGGUCGGUGCAGCUUGCGUGUAUAUGUGCCGUAGCAGCAAAGAAGUUAAAGAGACCCGUGCGUUGCAUGCUCAAUCGAGACGAAGAUAUGAUAUCGAGUGGCCAACGCCAUCCGUUCUUUUGCCGCUGGAAGGUUGGGGUGACGAAUGAAGGAAAGCUAUUAGCUUUGGAAGCUGACGUGUAUGCGAACGCCGGCCACACCCAAGACUUAUCAGCAGCUGUGCUUGACCGAUCAUUAUCCCAUAUUGAUGGCGUUUACAAGACCCCAAACGUUCAUGUUCGUGGUCACUUAUGCCGUACCAAUACAGUAUCGAACACCGCAUUUCGAGGAUUCGGCGGGCCUCAGGGCCUAUUCUUCGCUGAAUGCUAUAUCUCGGAAAUUGCUGACCAUUUGAAUAUUCCCGUUGAGAAGAUUCGGCAGAUUAAUAUGUAUACUCCAAAUGAAACAACGCACUUCAAUCAGGAGCUCAAGGACUGGCAUGUUCCUUUAAUGUACCAGCAAGUGUUGAAUGAAUCGGACUAUGCGGCCCGGCGUCAAUCCGUUAUGGAAUAUAACAAAACACAUAAGUGGUCGAAGAGAGGGUUGGCCAUUGUGCCAACCAAGUUUGGUAUUUCCUUCACCGCGAUAUUCCUUAACCAGGCUGGUGCCCUGGUUCAUUUAUAUAGAGACGGCAGUGUUCUUGUGGCACAUGGCGGAACAGAGAUGGGACAAGGUCUUCACACCAAAAUGAUAAUGAUAGCGGCAGAGGCACUGAAAGUUCCCCAAGCCGACGUUUACAUAUCGGAAACUGCAACAAAUACAGUAUCUAAUACAUCGGCCACUGCCGCUUCGGCGAGUUCGGACCUCAAUGGAUAUGCGGUUUUUAACGCAUGUCAGGAACUAAAUGGGCGCCUUCAACCGUAUCGAGAUAAGAUGCCAAGUGCAUCUAUGAAAGAGCUCGUCAGCGCAGCAUACUUUGAUCGCGUGAAUUUGACUGCAAAUGGAUUUUAUAAAACACCAGAUAUUGGUUAUAAAUGGGGUGCAAAUACGGGGCAAAUGUUCUAUUAUUUUACUCAAGGCGUGACCGCUGCAGAAGUUCAAAUUGAUACCUUGACGGGCGACUGGACACCGCUUCGUGCGGAUAUCAAAAUGGAUGUUGGACGGAGCAUUAAUCCAGCCAUAGACUAUGGUCAAAUCGAGGGAGCUUUCAUCCAAGGCCAGGGCCUUUUUACCACCGAAGAGAGUCUUUGGCAUCGUGGUUCCGGCCAACUGUUCACUCGAGGUCCAGGAACAUAUAAAAUACCUGGGUUUCGGGAUAUUCCCCAGAUAUUCAACGUCAGUUUGUUAAAAGACGUGGAGUGGGAAAAUCUACGUACCAUACAGCGCUCUCGGGGCGUUGGUGAACCGCCAUUGUUCAUGGGAAGUGCUGUGUUCUUUGCCAUAAGAGAUGCUCUCAAAGCUGCGCGGCAACAGUGGGGCAUGAAUGAUAUUCUCAGUUUGCAGAGUCCUGCCACGCCAGAGAGAAUCCGGAUUAGCUGUUGUGAUCCGCUGGUGGAGCGAGGGCGCGUGGAGGACAGAGGGGAUGGAUUUUUUGUUGCUAUAUAG